AAACGACGUGGAGAUGAGCUUUUAGAACCUUUUGACUCCAAGGAUUGAACAAGUAUGAAUUUCUCACCACAUUUUUAAUACAUUUCAAAGCUGAAAGGUGAUGAGAAGAGAAAAAGUUAUUAGCUAGGAUAUUUUUUGAUGAACUACAAAAUUCCCACAUAAAUUAGAAGAUUUUAUCGGUAAUGAUAGAACUUUAAUGAAAUAUUGGGAGUCAAAAGAUCAACAAACAACAUUCAUAACACUUUUCUUGUACUUGGAAAAAAACAACAAAAACCUCACAAAAGUGAGCUAAACAACAGGGAAGUUAAGCUAUACCCAUAUUAUAAUUUACUUAGUACAAAGUUCACUUAAUCUUAAUAUUCAAUUUCUUUGACCUAAUCUAUUUUAUUAUUAUUUUUUGUUUAGAUAUAGUUAAAGGUAUAAGGGUAAGUAGAAGACAGAAGUUAAUUUAAUAUUGCAAUAGCUGAGUGAUAGAAACCCAGGCAGGGAUCGGAAACAGAAUUUAGUUAUUUUGAUGCAAAAUACCUCCCUUAUUUCUCAUCCAGACAAACAGACUGAUAAUCCAUUAUUUGGCUUGUUGACUGCUGCUGCAUGUAAGUCUGUGAGACAGCUACAGAAUUCAAGGCCCCUGAGAUCUAUCUUGAUGGGGUCCAUAUUGUUGGUGCACUUUGAAGAAUAUGUAACCAGGGGUUAAAUUCUCUGGUUUUUUUUCCAUCUGCCAGUCAGACAGCCAGCCAGUAGAACAGUUUUUUAAGAGAAAGCAAUGUGCGUUGUUGAAUAUACUUAAUUCUAGUCACAUCUUGGGAUCUUGGGCAUGAUUUUCCUGCAUCAACAGUUCCAUCUUGCACCAGCUAGUGCCUUCUGUUUCCCAUCUUCACUAAGAAAACAAGCAUAAUUUUAGCCUUGAUUAAAAUUAUGCAUGAUAAAUUAAGCUUGAACCAAUCCUCAAAAAGAGAAGUCAUUGUAAAUAGUCAUACUUUCCCAAACCUUGGAUGUCAUCAGGAAGAGUUCUGGAGAGGGUGAUAUGUAGGAAUGUUUCAACUGUUUUGAAAAAUGUUUGGAAAUCAGAGCUUUUUAGAUUUGAUUAGGUAGCAAUACAAAUUCUCUUGCUCAUCUAACUCCCAGAAGUGAUAAACAUGUUAUUUCUCCCUAUAAUAUCCAUACAUUAUCCAGUAAACAGGUUGUGAGAACACUCAAACUUAUCAAGAAGAAUUUGUCAUGUUGAUCUAAAACCACAUUCUCAUAACUAAUUUUACAUGGAAAUGUGUAGUUGCCAGAGGGGAGACUUAACAGUCAGAUCUUAGGAAUCAAAGGCUAAACAUCAAUAGUACUCUUAUUCCAAACAGAGUGCUUAUAUGAAGCUGGAGCAUUGGAGCAUGUAUAUUACUGGUUUAAGGCUUGUUUCUGCUUCAAUGAUGUAGAAAUUUUAAUUAUUUCUUUUCUUGAUGAAGGACCCUGAGUUACCACAAACUCUAGAGGAGCUGAAUGUCAUUGAAGAGGAAUAUAUUAGAAUUAACAAGUUUGGAGAUGAUGUAUACAGCAUACAAAUAGAAUUCAAACCCACUGUUCCUCACUGUUCCCUUGCAACCCUCAUUGGUGAGUUAGCUACUCUUGAAUUUUGUCCUGUGAUUCUAUGCAGCCAUAUUAAUUCCCUCCCCUGAGUAGGAUGAGUUAUUAAAGAGGUUUGCUCCAGAAAUGUUACAAUUUUAUUCAUAAAAUAAGUGAAUUACGUAUUUUAAUGGUUCCUACUUACGGUCUCUGAGAGGACUGAUUUGAUUCUCCUUUUGGUUUCAUCUGAAAAAGAGCAAAUUUUUUUUUACUGCGGGUCUGUACAGUAAUAGAUCACAGAAGACAUAAAAAUGUGGUAAAAACAGCAGUGACACACUCGUCUGCACCUUUGUGUGUAACUCUUUCGUAACCACAUUUUCAUUUCAUCAGGGAUCUAAUACAGAACAGACGUAUGGCAACAUAGAGUUUAUUGUGAACUCUGUCAUUUCAACAUGUAUUUGAAAUUAUAUCACAGACUGCCUUUAGGGAUUCCAUGGAAUAACCUAACCUUUCAAAAAUUGUCCUAAAAUGAACAAUUAACUUGAUCCAGGAGGAUGCCAAGACGAUUUAUCAUUAGCCCACUGUUUCUUUUACAGGCCUAUGUUUGAGGGUUAAAUUGGAGCGUUCAUUACCUUACAAGUUUAAGGUGAGCUUUGUUAUUUUAAUCUCAUUUCUAUAAUACCAGAAAGAACUACUGAUAAAGACAUCUGACUAAAACAGCUCUUUGCAUAACAAAUCUUAGUUUAUGUUACCAUAAAGUUAAGUGUAAAAUGAGACCAAGUUGUUAAAAAAUCCAAUAUAAAAUUCUGAUCAAUGUUAUAUUACUUCACUGUGCUUAGAUUUCCCUCAUUGGUUGAUUAUAUUUUACAAAUUAAUAAACUUAAGACACAAGUAAGAAAAGAAGACAACAUCAAACUAAGGAGAUAGUGAAUCUGAAAUAUACUGUGCAAUACUAUUGUUUAGCGUAUAAAUUGCAGUGUUUCACAAGGAUUUCCAGCCUUGAGAAAAUGCAUAAAUUUUGGAAUUUUUUAUUUGUUUGAUAUCAUCAAUCAGCUGCUGUCACAUUGCUCACCUUUUGCGCCUCUCUGUCAGUUUGACAAAUGAAUGGCAAAGCAUCCACCAUUCUUAAUUCAAGGUCCUUUGUUGAAUUUUCUUGUCAGGAAAAGCCUAUGCUGAUUAUAUAAUAAACAAAAUAAUACAUAGUUGCUUGUAAGUAUGGAAUUUCUCUUCUCAUGUUCAAAUCAAUACCUUACUUGUUUGCUGCUCUUACUCAUGAGAUGUUAAGGUGAAUUGACAUGAGAAGAAAAAAUCCUUAAUUACAUGCCCUCCUUCAUUAUUCCCUACAUUGUAUUUAUUUUGCUGGGAUGCAAAAUGAACUUGAUAUUUAAUUCCAACCCUCCUGGAAAUGAGUAAGUUCUUAAGAGGGAAUAGUCAGUAGUUCAAAUUCUGAUAAUAUAUUUAAAAAUGCUUUUUUUUUAUUUGCAGCUUGAUAUCUUCCUUUCCAAGGGAACUCAUUCAACUGAGGAUGAAAGUAUGUUAUAAAUUGGUAUUACAUGUAUCAUGUUAGCCAUUAUGUGAAGUAAAAUUAAAGGAAAAUGCCAUAUGAUUACCAGCCUCAAAAGCAAAUGUUUUGACUAACAUUGUCUUUAAUUGUACAUGUACUUUUGCCACAACUCCUCAAGUUAUUAAUUGCAAUUUUUUUCACAAAGUACUACUUGUAGUCACUCCAGUGUAGGUUGCUGAUUUUGUUUAAGCUAAGUGAAUGCCUGUUUACAUCCAAAUUAUUGUUUUCUUCUGGAUGUGGUUUAAAAACUUGUACUUUCUUCUUGAAGUAUCUGCAAGAUGUCUAUGUAAAAUGAUAUUUUGUUUAUCUCCUUAGUCAACAAACAGAUAAAUGACAAGGAGCGCAUAGCAGCAGCAAUGGAAAACCCAAAUCUAAAGAAGAUUGUUGAGGAUUGUAUCUCCAAUGAAGAUGGAUAAACUCCAGUUAGAUGGCUUACAUAUAUAAAAUUUAUCAUACGUGUGAAACAUGCUGAAUGCUAUGCAAUUUUUAACCUUAGACUAGAUUAUCCAGACAACACGAAUGCAGUGUUAUAUUUUGUAAAAUAAUGAUCACAUUUCAUACUCUAUCAUUUCAGGCAACAUGAUGAUCUUUUAAAACUCAUAUAAAGUAAUGGUAGUCUGCUAUAAGUCUUUGUACGACUUUCAGUAAGUAAUAGCAUAAAGAAAACAAAUAUCUCUUUACUUAAAAAAAAUGUUCUUAAAGAUAUACUUACAGAAUUACUAGGCACAAAACAAUGACAUCUAGAAAAUGAUCUGCAUUUAAUUAUGUUUGGAAAAAUUUUCAGAAUGCUUCAAUUCAUGAGUGGUAUUGUUAUUUAAAAUACACUGGUCAGGAAUAUAUUGAAAAUUGAAAAUUGUAUGAAAGAGCAAUUUUUUCAAGAGUUUAUUUUUAGUCCUGAGAAGGGUGAAAUGUCAGUUGUGAUAGUUAAUUAUAAUAGCGUUUGACCAUAUUCCUAAUGUUAAUUUGCACAAUACAGGCCCUAAAUUAUUAUACAUGUAGUUAAUUGCUCUUUACUCUACAAUGUUGGUACUGUGUAUGGAGUUGCUAAAUGGUAGAACUUU